CACACUUUACAUCUACUUGAGAUAUUUACAAUAAUGCAGAAGAAAUUUCGCCAUUGUGUUUUGCACAACUCUCCCCGUAAUCUGCCUAGUUGAAAGGGCAUCCAGGCACCCCUUUCAUUCAUGUGCGUUUCGACAGAGCGGGAAUAGUGUAUCCUGGCCAUGAACUACAGUGAAGUGCUUUAUGCAAUAUCAUGUGAUUGAUUGAUUCUCCAUCAGUACGUAAUGAUUGUCAGUGGAAUUCAGUUGUAGUCAAAUACGCAGCAUGUCCGAAAGCGUGUACUCAGAAAUCACCUCCUGGCGAAAUGCCAACUAUUUCGAAAAUGUGGUCGCCACGGAUUACAAGAUCAAAACCUCCGAGUUCAAAAUCGCCAAGAUUCACAUCUCAACGGCAGUUCCCAAACACAGUGGAGCUGUAUCGCUGGUGCACCGAGUGUUGCUACAGGUUCACUUCAAUGGUCGAAGUUCACCGAAACACGUGAGUUACAUCGUCAAGGAGCGAGCUGACUCCGACGAGGAUCAUGAACUAGCUGGGAACUCGUGCACGUUUGCCAAAGAAAUUGAGCUAUACACUCAAAUCCUACCGGGGUUCGAAAAACUGUGGGCGAAUGAAAACGUGAAGUUUGGACCGAGAGUGCUCAAAGUGACAAUAACGCCGUUCAGGUUGAUCGUCAUGGAGGAUCUCAAGUUGGCAGGAUUUCGAACCAAAAAGAGUCUGAGGGGAUUCAAGACAUCCGAUUGCGAAAAAGUGUUGGAAAAGUUGGCUAAAUUUCACGCUGCUUCGGUUCAAUAUAUCGAAAGAAAGGGAUCAUUUUCGGAUCAAUUUAAAACUGGCAUUUUGAACGACAAAACUAUGAAGGCUUACGAGGUUUACUACACGCCGUUAUUCGAUUCAUUCUACCAGAUGUUGGAUGAUCUGAAAUACCACCCAAAAAUACUGGAAAAAUUGCUACCUCUGAAAGGAAAAGCGUACGCAACAACUUGCAACCUAUUUCGACUCAACCCUACAAAGUUCAACGUUCUCAAUCAUGGUGAUCUACGAAUGACCAAUAUUCAUAUCAGGGAAUUUGACAAAUUACUCCUCAAUUACCAGACAUCCUUCUACGGAUCGCCAUCGUUCGACCUGAUCUACUUCCUGACGAUGUCGGCUUCUUUCUGCACCCGGAUAGACCGAUUCGAUCACCUAAUCGACCACUACUACAAGCACCUGAAGGCCGGUCUACAGAAGCUAGGGGUGAUGACUGCGAUACCUACUCAACGCCAGCUUCGGGAAGAUCUCGCUGCCCAUGGAUUUCUGAUGUGCCUCAAAUCCAUCGAGGCACUGGCCGUUACGCUGGAAAUGCCCAAACUGGAACUGGAUAUGAAGCUGUUUCGGUCGACGGGACCGGACGGAGCCGAGUUCCGGCGGAAUCUGUACGCUAAUGUGCAGUUUGAGAAAACGCUGGAGAGGCUUGUGAUGUUCAUGUGGAAAAGAGGCUUUUUUAAUUUUUCUCAGAUGUGA